UAAGAAAACGUAACAGUAAAGCUGCAUUUCCAGUAAGACAGGUUAUAGCUUGAAUGCAUUAUUUGCUGAGAAUAGAACAUUUACUUUCAUUUCGUGUAAAGCACAGCAUCUAACGCUCGGGGAAAACUGUUGGUGGUGGAUUAGGCUGUUCAAAGUGAAAAAUCUUUGGUAUAUUGAACGUCACUGGAGCACAAUGAACACAUAAGUAACACAGCGAAUGAGUUUUCAGAACCAGUGACUGUGUUAUUAAGUAAAGCGCAAUGGACCCUUUACUGCAAAGUGAAUUUCAUGCACGCAAGCAUCAGACAUCAGACUCUGAAGUGUCCAGGGUGUCCAUAAAGAAUGAUGCAUCUAACGAAAUGUAUGUUGAAUUGAAAGAUGACAGCGCUUCUAAAGAUGGGCAGAAGAGAUCAGACUCACCAGAGCCCAGCUGUGUGUCCAUGAGCAGUGAUAGGUCAAAGGAUCCGCCAUUAGCUGAUUUUAAAUGUGACUGCAGUUUUAAACACAGGCAGAAGACAUCAGACUCUGUAGUGCCCAGCUGUGAGUCCGUAAAAAGUGAUGCAUCAAAGAACCUGUAUGUUGUAUUCAAAGGUGACAGCACUUCUGAAGACAGGCAGAAGAGAUCAGUCUCAACAGUGCCCAGCUGUGUGUCCACAGCAAACCAUCUGCCAUUGUCUGCUAAAUGUACCCACAAUUCUAAACACAGGUUAAUAAAGCAGGAAAGAAUGGACCUAAGUAGUGCUGUGUCCAUAAAUGAGAAUGAUUCCCAGGAAUCUACAUAUACACAGUGCAGAAUUCAACUCCAGAUGAAACUGAGGAAAAAAUGUCAGUUUUUACAUGAAGGAACCGAGCAGCAAGGAAGCCCAACACUCCUAAAUGAGAUCUAUACUGAGCUCUACAUCACAGAUGCUAAAGAAAUAGUUGAAGAAUGUGAGAUCAGACAGAUUGAAACAGCAGCUUUAAAAGCAGUGACAGAGGAUAGACCAAUUAACUGCAAUGACAUUUUCACACUGUUACCUGGACAAAACCAGCCCAUCAGAACUGUGCUGACUAAAGGAUUCGCCGGAAUUGGAAAAACAGUCUCUGUGCAGAAGUUCAUUCUGGACUGGGCCGAAGGGAGAGCAAAUCAGGACUUCCACAUCAUGUUUCCACUUCCUUUCAGAGAGCUCAAUUUGAUAAAUAAGAAAAAGCUCAGUCUUUUAGAUCUUCUCCAAGUUUUUUUCCCUGAAACAAAGGAAAUUGACAUUUUCAGUGAUAAAUAUAAAGUGUUGUUCAUCUUUGAUGGUCUAGACGAGUGCCGUUUUCCCUUAAAUUUUCCCAACAAUGAGAUUCUACAGGAUGCAACCCAAGAGACAUCAGUAGACGUGCUGCUGACAAACCUCAUUGCAGGGAACCUGCUUCCCUCUGCUCUGAUCUGGAUCACCUCCAGACCAGCAUCAACUGAUCUCAUCCCCUCUGAGUGUGUCCAUCGAGUGACAGAGGUACGAGGCUUCAAUGACCCUCAGAAGGUUCAAUACUUCAGAAACAGAAUCAGUGAUCAGAUCCUGGCUGAGAAAAUCAUCUCACACCUGAAGUCAUCAAGGAGCCUCUACAUCAUGUGUCACAUCCCAGUGUUCUGCUGGAUCUCAGCCACUGUUCUAGAGAAGAUGUUGUGUCAAGCAGAGAUCGGAGAGAUUCCCAAGACUCUCACUCAAAUGUUCUCACACUUCCUGAUCAUUCAGAUCAAAAUCAAACAUGAGAAGGACUACGAGAAGAACAUGACAGAUGAAGACAUGAUCCUCAAAUUGGCAAAACUGGCUUUUCAGCAGCUUGUGAAACACAAUGCUAUCUUCUAUGAAGAAGAUCUGAGAGAAUGUGGCAUUGAUGUGACAGAAGCAUCAGUGUACUCUGGGUUGUGCACUCAGAUCUUCAGAGAAGAGUUUGGGCUGCAUUCUGGGAAAAUCUACUGCUUUGUUCAUCUCAGCAUUCAGGAACAUCUGGCUGCUAUGUAUGUGCAUCACACCUUCACAACACAGAAAAUUAAUGUGUUACACCAAAUUACUGAACCAUCUCAAGAAGCAACAUGUACACAGAUUCCAAUAUUUGACCUGCAUCAGAUAGCUGUUGAUCAGACCUUACAAAAUACAAAUAGACACCUGGGCCUAUUUCUUCGCUUCCUUCUGGGCUUCUCACUUUAUUCCAAUCAGACUCUUUUAAAAGAUCUUCUGUCACAGACAGAAGCCAGGUACCACAAUUUAGAGAAAACAGUUGAAUACAUCAAGAAGAAGAUAGAGGAACAUCCCAACCCAGAUAAAUUCAUCAGUCUGUUCCACUGCCUUAAUGAUCUGGGUGACAGUUCACUAGUGGAACAAAUUCAGCGUUAUCUCAAUCAAAGAGCUCUUACCACAGCCAAAUUAACCCCUUUACAGUGGUCAGCUGUCGUGUUUGUUCUUCUCACUUCAGAGAACUUGGAUGUGUUUGAAUUGAAGGCAUAUGCCUGGAAAACCAACUGUGCACAAAUGGUGCAAGUUCUUUGGCAUCUUGUGCCUGUGGUUAAAGCAUCCAAAUCAGUUCGACUUGCUCGUUGUGAACUGACAUCAAAGUGCUGCCAUCCUCUGGCCGAAGCUCUUGCCUCUGAGUCUUCAUGUCUAACAGAAAUGAAUCUGAAUGGAAAUGUAUUAAAGGAUGCAGGAGUGAAGUUGCUCUCUGAAGGGCUGGGAAAUUUUAAUUGCAAACUACAGAUAAUGGGGCUGAAUGAUUGUGGUGUCACAGAUGAAGGUUGUGCUGCUCUGGCUUCAGCUCUCAGAUCAAACCCCUCACACCUGAGAGAACUGGAUAUGUCAUUUAAUAAACUAGGAGACAGAGGAGUUCAGUGUUUGUCUGAUGAACUAAAGAAUGUUCUUUGUAAAGUUGAGAAACUGAAGUUGAGGGAUUGUGGUAUCACAGAUGAAGGUUGUGCUGCUCUGGAUUCAGCUCUGAGAUCAAACCCCUCACACCUGAGAGAGCUGGAUCUGACUACAAAUAAUGUAAGAGAUUUGGGAGCGAAGUGGCUAUCUGUCGCUCUACAGAAUUCUAAAUGUCAACUGAAAAUUCUGAGGCUGAAGAAGUGUGGUGUCACAGAUGAAAGUUGUGCUGAUCUGGCUUCAGCUCUGAGAUCAAAUCCCUCACACCUGAAAGUGCUGGAUCUGUCUGAGAAUAAACUGGGAGACACUGGAAUUAAGCUUCUUUCUAAAGGACCAAAGUGUCCUGCUAUUGGUCUUGAACAACUGUGGCUGACUGGUUGUAAUAUCACUCAUAAAGGUUGUUGUGCUCUGGAUUUGGCUCUGACAUCAAACCUCUCAGAGCUGAAAGAGCUGAAUUUGUCUGACAAUAUCAUAGGAGACUCAGGAGUGAAGCUGUUGUCUGAUGCACUGCAGAGUCCUCAAUGUAAACUGCAGACACUCGGGUUGAAUGAUUGUGGUAUCACAGAUGAAGGUUGUGAUGCUCUGAUUUCUGCUCUGACAUUAAACCUCUCAAACUUGAAUAAGCUGCAUCUGUCUGGGAAUGAAAUAGAAAAGUCAACAGAGGAGCGGCUCUUAGCUCUUAGGGAACAUCCAGAUAAUAAGCUGAAAAAAGUCAAUCUAUCCACUUGCAGAUCUGAAUCUUACUCUGAGUAUUGAGUUGUCUGGAGCAACAAUGAUCCUGCUGCACAAUUAAACAUGAAUUACUUAUUAUAUUUGAGUAGAUCUACCUCGCCCUUGUGAGGCAUUCAUUCUUUUACUUUGAACAAUCCAUUGUUGGGUAACUUUUUUUAAUAUUUACUAGUAAGACAUUUUAAACGAAAUUUAGAAGUGCAAAAAAUUAAAUAGUAGUUUCCUGUAAAACGUACUUCAAUAGGCCUAAUCUUUGACAAUAAUGUUUUCAUUACAACUUGUGUACAAUGUAUGCCAUUAAUAAAGGUAUAUAUUGAAGAGUACAUAUGAAGACUAAUAUAUAAAUAUAGAGUAUUAAUGGUACAAUAACUGUUGAUGCAUGCUUAUCAUAGCAAAAUAUAACAGGUGGAUUUAUAGAGGUCUGUUAAAGAAAGAGAAAUGGUACAGUUGCCCUAUCUGUCUAUAUGUCUUUCAAUCCAUUUGUGUUACUAUGUCACAAGGGCAAUGUUUUAAGCUGUUAAAUUGAUUAUUUUUUUAUUUUUUGCAGUAUUUUUAAGGCUACCUGUUUGGUUAAAAAGAAAACGAACAUUUUUUUAAUAUUCUGUCAUAUUUUGUCAUAUGUAUGUUUCUUAAACAAGUGUAUGCAAUUCACACAUACAUUCAGAAAAGAAUCAACUCUAUAAUGAACAGUGAUUUUAAGGUUGAUUUUUUUUUUUUUUUCGUGAAUGUCAGGUUAAGGCAAUGUCCCAUAUUUAAAUGUAAUUUUAUACAGUUCAUUAACUAUAAUUACAAACAAUUGUUUUAUAUUUUUGUGUGCUAAUGUUUACGUAUUUGCUGUUUAUUAAAUAGUUUUGUUUUUUAUAAUUAAAAUAAUAAACAGAAUUAUCAAUGGCUAUGUUGUUAUAAUGGAAUAAUUGAUGGCAGACUAUUGAAUCGAGGUUGUAGUGUGGCUGGUGAGUCAUUAUUUGUGCUUCAGGUGAAGGUCUAAUUGUGUCAGCCUCUCAAUACAAAUGGUGAGUUUCAGAUUUUAUAAAACAAUAGAAGUCAGUAUG